AUGAUCACAUAUGAAUUACAAUUUCUGAUAUUUCUUUUGAUUUUUAUUGUCACUUCCCUGACUUUGAUUAUCAAAAAUGAUGGAUGUCGUUUGAAAUGGAAUGCAACUUAUCAUCUGAAUGGACGUAGAGCAUUGUUACAGCUUAAUGAAACUUGGAUGGAUACUUUGGGUUAUUGCAUUGUUAGCUCAUCAAAUCAAUACAAUUAUAUUUUUCGACUUGAACUAAAUGAUGAUAUUUGCUAUCGUUGUGUUGCAAUUUUUAAUGUACAUCCUAAUAUUUUACAGUACAAACAAAGUGAAUGCAUUAAGCAAUAUGAAAGUAGUAGUGAUAAUAUCGAUAAUAUCUGCAGAUUUGCAUUUCGUGGUGAUACACCGAUGAAAACGCUUUUUCGAAAUGAUGCAAAAUCGGAACAAUGUCCAUUUGAGCCACCUUUCAAUUUUACAUAUACAAUUCAAGAUGGUUCAUGCACUUCGAGAAUUUCAUCUGUAAAUAUUUGUUCAGAACAUGGAAAAUAUCGUUUUCGGUAUGAAGCAUGUCCGGAAUUACCAAAUCAUGAAAGUCAUGAAGAUGAAUUAGAAUGCAUAGCACAUUGGAAUUCAUUUGGAAUUGAAUUCUUUGCUGUACGUAUAAUUAAUUCUUCGAUUACAGGAUCAAAUAUAAUCUUUCGAUGUCUUAUACAUCAGAAAACAACAUUUGGUGGUCGUAUGGGUAUAUCAGCUGAUUCUAGCUGCAAUGAAUUAACAGAUCUUACAAAUGCUGGAACUAGAAUUGAAUAUCAUCAAGGUCCAUCUUUCAAGUCACAAUGUCACUUUCCAACAUUUCUGAGACGUAACUAUAAUUCAUCCAGUAAGCAUAAAUGGAUAUCAAUGACAACCGGUUCAAUAAAUGAUUUCUAUUCCGAUAAAUGGAUCGAAGUGAUAAAUGGAAUGAAUUAUACGAUAUCACAAUGUUUACAAAUGGAAAAUAUUGGAAAUGUUUACAAGAUGGUAGUAUAUAAAAGUACACAACAAUGCACUAACACAUAUCAAUGCAUUGAAAUGAAACGAAGACAUAAGAAUAUCAUAGAAAUUACAUAUGAUAAAGUAAUGAGGAAGAUGCCUGUAUCAUGUAAAUUUAUCAACGAAUAUUCUAUUGACACAAUGGCUCUUGUGGAUGCUAAGACAGUUCGUUGUCCAUUCAAUCGACAACAUUUCAUUCAGUCAUGUACGAAUUCUGUUGCACAAUUUGGUUGCACUUAUGAUUAUGAAUUAAUUAUGCAUCUCAAUUGUAGUAAUACUUCAUUCGAGAAAUUCUUCUGUAUCGGUCACUGGCAAGAAAACGGAAUGCAAUAUAUCGUAAGCAGAAGAUCGAUCUCUUCCGAGCUUCUGUGUCAUAUUUACUCGUCAAAUGCAAAUGGUAUAAUUCGUAUUGUCACCUAUCGUCAUUCAUCUUGUCACGCAGAAUCUUUACAGCAAUCUCAACCUUAUCAUAACUUCACACUUACAAAAUAUGGUGCGAAAUUUGUGGUUGAAUUUAAAAUUAUUUAA